AUGAAAGAAUGUUUGGAAAUGAUAGAAUUGAAACUCAAUCAAACUCAUAAAUUAAAUUCUGAUCAAUAUAAUUACUUAUGUAUCUUAGGGUAAUACUCAAUUUUGCAUAAAAAAAUAUAUUAAAUUAUAGUUUUUAGAAAUUAGAGGUAUCUUUAAAACGCGUAAUAAUUUAGUUAAUAAAUCCUUCAGUAAGACUCUUAUAGAAUUGAAAAAAUAUAAACAUAAUUAGUAAUAAAUUUUAUUGACUGUGUAAGUCUAUAUAUUAGUUUAUAUUGUGUUUUAUUGGUAAUGCAUACGUAUUCUACACAGAUGCUUAAGAUUUGAGAUUAGUGAGAAAGAGCAAGAGCAAGAGCAAGAGCAAGAGCAAGAGCAAGAGCAAGAGCAAGAGCAAGAGCAAGAGCAAGAGCAAGAGCAAGAGCAAGAGCGAUAAAUAUAUUUAAAUUGUGUCAUAAAUAAAUAAUGAACUUAGUCUAAUAAGUAAUAUUAGUUCAGAUGAGCAAGGAUAUUUAUGA